AUGGCGACUGGUCGACUAAAAAACGGUGAGGAGCGUAUCGUCGGUAUCAUUGGGGACGAGGACACUGUAACUGGCUUUCUUCUGGCAGGAAUAGGAGACAAUAGACCUGUCGAAGCUCAGGCAACAGGGGAUAGAAAAGCCGUUGCACAGCCCAACUACGCUGUUAUUACUCCGUCAACUCCACUGGCAGAUAUCGAAGAUGCAUUUACAAAUAUGACUGCAAAUCCGUCAAUUGGCGUAAUUAUCAUUUGCCAGCAUAUCGCCAACGAAAUCCGUCACCUAAUGGAGGGGUUCACCGAUCACAUUCCUUGCAUUCUGGAAAUACCGAGCAAGGGAGGUGUUUACGAUGCCAGCAAGGAUCAGGUACUGGUGAAAAUCAACAGAGCACUCGGCUGCCAGUAA